UGAUGGGCACCAGAACGUGUACUUACUUCCUGCUGCUGCUUGGAACUUGGAGCGUGGCAUCCAGCUCAGAUGUUAAUACACGAAUCCUGGAAAGUAUCCCUGGUUAUGUCAACACCUCUGCCGAUCCCUGUAGGGACUUUUACCAGUACAUCGGUGGAAACAAAGCAAAGCGCCAUGAAACGCGUUACACAAAUAAAUUAGGAGAAAUCAGAGAAAAGGUUAACCAGAGACUAGUUCCGAUCUUUGAAGACCUGCGCCAACGAAAAUUCAUCGAUGAGCUGGGCGUGGAGGAGAAAGUGUGGCGUUUCUAUAAGAGUUGCGAGAGAACCAUUAAUGCCACUGGAUCGGAACGCGCUUAUUUGAAGCUGGUGGCACCGUCGAAGGACCUCGAUUGGCCCCAGUUUGCUUCAAGUCCUAGUCAGUGGCGGAGUGCAAGGUUCAACCUAAUGAACACCCUGGCCAAUUUACGAAACUAUGCCGUGAAUGAUAUAUUUUUCAAUACCAUGUUGUUUAGUGAUUUUUAUAAUACUAAUCGCCAACUGGUGACUAUUGACGCGCCCCAUAACGGAAAAAAACAAGCACCAUUUCUCAGUGAGUCUUCGUUGAAGGAACUUCUAAUCCGAUUAGAUGUUUCUAUCCUAAGAGCUACUUACCUUGCCAAAGCUAUAUGCCUGCUGGAGAAGGAAAUUCGCCAGUUGCCCCAAGGUAUUGAAGUUUUUCCGACGAUCUUUACUGUGUCUGAAAUGGAGGAUGAUGCAAAUGGAGGGCUGCGCUGGAGAAAAUUUCUCAAGACGUACACUCAGCGAGACAUUGACUCUGACUUCGAGCUUCAGGUAUAUAACAUUGAGUAUUUCCGAGGCUUGGGUCCUCUUCUGAAAAAAUACGACAACGAGGUUAUUGUCUCCUACAUCAUGGUCCGAUUUGUGGAUUUCGUGACAAACGCCGGGUAUUAUCCCACCGGGGACAACUCCUAUGAUUGUAUAAACGUCGUGGGAUACCAAAUGCAGUUCGCCACCAAGUUCUUGUACGAGAAUCGCUACUUGGGAGAAGGAGAGCUCCAGAAAUAUACGUCAGAAAUCCAACGAAUUUUUCAGGCGAUAAGCACCAAGCUUUUAAGGAAACUGGAGGAGAAUCACUUCCAACUGACCGAUACGCAGAAUGCAGCUCUACAGGCCAAGUUGGUAACAUUGGACCUAAACUUUAACAAUAUGCCAUCUAUUAUAAGUCACCGGCUGUUCGUUCAAGCGUUUUACCAAGAUCUAGAGCUGACUGGCGAUGAAGACUACCCCGCUGCUCAGUUGAAAGUCCUGAAGUCAACUGCUGCGAGGGAAAUAAGUAACUUAAAUGAACCCACGCCCAGAGGAUCUGCUUUCUUUUCAAUAAAUUCGCUCCAAAAUGACUACGAACCAGCAACGAAGAUAGAUUUUUUGAACACAUUGAUCAUCGAGUCCGCGGUCCUGCAGGAGCCAUAUUUUGCUUACGACAGCCACGAUAUCUUCAAAGUCAGUUUCCUGGGCGUUAUGAUGGCCUCUGAUAUUAUUUCUGAGUUCCUUCCAUACCAAAUAUUUUUUGACUCGCAGGGCAACAUCAAUGACUUGUUCAAUAAUUUGGACGAAAACCAGCAUUUUGUUGAAGGUUUAGAGUGCGUUAAUAAAUCCCAGCCGGCAUAUCCGUAUUGGAACAUGUUGAGUAUCACUGGAACACAGCUUGCGUAUGACACCUAUUUCGAUUCGGAUUCAAUAUUCAACCAGAAGCAGCCAGAAUUUACUUCGAUUCCCCUGAAGAAGCUGUUCUUCCAAAAUGCUGCCAAAAUCUUCCUCAACGGUUAUCUACCGAAAACUGCAGAAGGUGAGGAUCCUGAGGAAACGACUUUGAAGGAGAUCUUUAGGAAUACAAAAGGCUUUUCGGAGGCCUUCCAGUGUCCUCAGUCCGAGGAUGGUAUGAAUCCACCUGUCAAAUGUAAAUUCUUUGAAUCUUAACUGUACUUCGGUUUUUGAAUUUUUUAAUGCUAUUACCUUACCUAGAUAUUCUUGUAAAAAAACUUUGCGAAUAUUGAUAUUAUGUUUUCAAGUUUUUUCAAAUAUUUUUAAGUCCUCUGAAUCACUGAAAGAAACCUUAUAAAUACAUUUAUAUAAUACCUGGGUUAUAAAUGAAAAAAUGUUAAACUUUUUAAAACAAAAUAAACGACGUAAU